GGGUGCCCAGCGGCGCGUCGGGGUGUCGGGCCGCGCGGCCCGCGGGCUCCUAGCAGGUCGCCGGGAACGGGCACGACGACACCACCUGGUGCCGGAGCCGGGAAGGCGCGAGUGUCCCGGGCCGCACUCCGAGUCCAAGUGGGCGGGGAGCCGCCCCGGGCCGCCGCUCAUGUCCCUGCAGAGCCGCGUGUCCCGCCGCCUGGCACAGCUGCGCGCCGCGGGGCAGCUGCUCGGCACCCCGCGCCCCCGGGCCGGCCCCUCGCCGGGCGCCCCGCUCCCCCGCGCGCGCCCCCCGGCGGGACCCGGGGCUCGGGGGGUGGCGGCCGUGGGACAGCGAGCCGGGCUGCGCACCUGGGGUCCCCUGGCCAUGGCGGCGAAGGUGGACCUGACCACCUCCACCGACUGGAAGGAGGCGAAAUCGUUCCUGAAGGGCCUGAGCGACAAGCAGCGGGAGGAGCACUACUUCUGCCAGGACUUCAUCCGGCUGAAGAAGAUCCCCACGUGGAAGGAGAGGGCGGCGAAAGAAGGGGCCGAGAAGGUGGAGGAGCCCAAGUACAAGAAGGAUAAGCAGCUUAACGACAAGAUCUCCCUGUUCCGCGGGGACAUCACCAAGCUGGAGGUGGACGCCAUCGUGAAUGCGGCCAACAGCUCUCUGCUCGGAGGCGGCGGUGUGGACGGCUGCAUUCACCGGGCCGCUGGACCCCUGCUCACUGAGGAAUGCCGGACCCUGCAGAGCUGCGGGACUGGCGAGGCCAAGAUCACCUGCGGCUACCGGCUGCCUGCCAAGUAUGUCAUCCACACGGUGGGGCCCAUCGCCCACGGCCCGCCCAACGACAGCCAGGCCGCCGAGCUCCGCAGCUGCUACCUGAGGAGCCUGGACCUGCUGUUGGAGCACCGGCUCCGCUCCGCGGCGUUCCCCUGCAUCUCCACCGGCGUGUUUGGAUACCCGAAUGAGGAGGCAGCUGACGUGGUACUGAGUGCACUGCGCGAGUGGCUGGAGCAGCACAAGGACAAGGUGGACCGGCUGAUCAUCUGCGUGUUUCUGGAGAAGGACGAGAAAAUCUACCAGCAGAAGCUCCCGCACUACUUCCCCGUGGCCUGAGGUACCCGCCACCCACCCUGGCCAGGACUGACUCCCCUGAGCCCGCCGGACCUCGCUCCCAGCUCUGAGGAGGCCAGAGCCAGCGCCGGGCCUGGGCCUGCUGCCUGGGGCUCUCGUGCACCCCCGCCCUCAGGAGUCCCC